CAUAUCCUCACGACCUCAGCGAUUCUCGCGAUCUCACACGACUCUCGGACUCGACCCCGACAACCUGUACCUAUAUUUUCGGCUGUGCAUGAUCAGUGCUGUCUCAUAUCCGCCACUAUGCUGGCCCUCCGUGACCAAGAGAACCUGGUGCACGCUCAUCAGACCGUUGCCGCGUCCAAACCUCUGAAUCAAGGUGUCAAACAACUACAGCCCAAAACCCCCGGGGCACGCGCACCGAAGACACCAUUCAAAGUCCCGUUGAACGAUGAAAAUGACCCGCUGGCAUUUGGAAAGAAAACGGUGAAGGGCGCUGGUAAACAGAAUGGAGCUACGAAACCAUCUGUCAAGGAUGCUUUUGUUACUCCAAUGGCAGAGACUCGUCAACGCGCGCCGUUGGGCAUGAAAACAACCAAUGCGAAAGCUCGUGGCUUACAGACCCCUGCUCCUCCCGCUGGGACUGUGAAGCCGGAGAAGACAGGCAAAAGAGCCUCCACACAGAGAGUGAAAAAGUUUGCUCCGCUGGUGGAGCAAAGCCAGGCUGAGGUACAGGAAAAACCAGUUGAAGAAGAUGUUCCCGACAUUGAGUACAUGCCCCCGAAGCCGAAAGAGCUCCCGGAUAUUCCUGAUGAAAUUACAUACGAUACAACAUUCCCUCAGUUCCAACCGAAGAACUUGGCGUUGGGGUUGGAAACAGUGUAUGGACAUACCGAAAUCGGUCCCGAUGGUCUGACCAAGAGGGAGCGCAAGCUUCAGGAGGAUUCUAUUGCAUACGACAAAAUGAUGGAUGACAUGAUCUUGAAACAAGUCGAAAGUAUUGGUUUUGAAGAGCCCAGUGACAACGAGCAGAAUGAGCCUUGCGUUGAGGAAGCACCGCCGCGUCGCUAUGAAACGCGUCGUACCCGCGCCAUGAGCGCCCGGGAGAAGCAUACCAGCAACAUCCCAACGGUUCGCGCUCGUGAUGCAGCCUCGGCUCUUUCUGGUACCGAACGCACUCUCCGACCUAGGCCUGUUUCAAUCCCAAAGCCAAAGCCGAGAGUUGCGUCGUCCUUAUUCUCGUCGAGAAAGCCCAGGACGCCAACUAACCCAUCAUCCAUGCACCAUACCGCAGCCGUGGCAAACUCUAAAACAACAGUAGGCUACACCAAGGGCCGGGACGUGUCGUCUAAGCUACAUGGCAAAUCGCCCAGCACUACGAAAGGACAGACAAUUCCCCAGGGGAUUUUCUCCGCUGACACUUACGUGCGCCCGUCUGGGACCCCUCCUCUCGAAACCGAUAUGGUGCCUCUUGCACAUGAUGCGGGUCACCUGACAGCCAAUCUUGAGGAAGUGCUCCCGGUGUAUGAGGAAGACGAGGAGAGCUUGAAUUUCCAGCUGACGCUGUGAACGGAGGUUAAUGAGCACGGUUUCAUAUCCCGGAGUCAAGGGUUAGCGUUCUAUGGUGUUUGCUUCUUUAAUGGGAAUAUGAUAUAGCUCUGUUUUUCUUAGCUUUGACGAUUGGGGUGGCGGCACGGUACCAUAUUGCAUGAGACAGGACUUCCAAGGGAGGGGCGUUUUAUUUGAAGUAUCAUGGGUUUACGGUCAGCAGGAUUAGAAUUGAUGUAUGAUUUUCCAAAGUGAGCGAGCGAUAGUCAAAGUUGAACGUAGUUUGUUUUCGUACAAUUAAAUUGGGUGGCUUA